AUGGAUUCAUUGAGUUUUGGUCGAAAUAGUUCUAAAACAAAUUGUCCGUCCUGUAUACAAAAUAAUUAUAAUAAAAAUGACAAAUUACAUGGCCACGAGUGUACUUGUAAAAUAUAUGGCGUGCAACAAACUCAACUCCGACGUCUGAAGACAGAUACUCCGAGAGAAAAAAAAGACGCAAAAUAUUACGAAAAGAGAAAAAGAAACAAUAUGGCAGCUAAAAAGUCCAGAGAGGCCAAACGUAGAAGAGACAAUGAAAUGGCAUUGAAACUAUUUCUUUUAGAAAAAGAAAACAUGUUAUUAAAGUUCCGUCUAAGCACAGUAUCCGAAGAACUUGAAAUUAUAAAAAGAACACUAAUUUUUUACAAUAAUAAUCAAGUUAUUUGGACAAAUAACGUCUUACCACCCUUUCAAAACAAAUAACUUAUAUUUUCUAUAUUAAUUUACUUACGCAAAUAUAAUUUUUGAUAUUAUUUUGAAUUAAUUUAAUAUAGUCUGUUAUCUACUACUACUAUGUAUCACAAA